UAUGGACAAUCUAUGGACGUGAUUUGACAAAUUAUUUUCAAAAACCGCUAUUGUUGAUGAAGUGUGUACUGUAUAAAAUACAAGCAGAUUUUAAUUACUUCCCAAAAAUUACAAAGUUAAUUAGAAAUCUACAAUCAUUUAACUAACUCAAUUUUACUAUCUACAAUGAGUUUCGGAUUGCCGUCUUUGAAGGUCAAGCCAGAACAGGCAAGUGAGUGCAAAAUACGAGAUGGUCCAUACGGGAUUCCCAACCCCUUUGUCGAAGGGUUAUCUGCAGCAAAACCCAAAUUACGCGUGUCACAUCCGUUGGAGGCCUCAGAACGCAACUACUACCUUAAUGAAGAAAAAAUGAAUAUGGCAAUGUUGCGCAACAUACAAGGACUCCAUGCUCCACUAAAACUGACAAUGGAAAGGAAGUUUGCAAAAAAGAUUGGUCGCCUGCCAUUCCUACCUAGUUCCAACUUGCAGCAUGAAGUGCUUACUGGUCGUGACUUGGACAUUGGCUUUGAAGACAUCCUCAACAUCCCAGACAUGUGUGAAACAGCGGGUCAGCCACAUGCUGUUGUAGAAAGAACGCUUGGUUUACUGUAAAAGCUAAUGUAUGUCCCUGCGGCUAAUUAUAACCUUUUUAAAUGUAUACAUUUAAUAUUAAAUUGAUUAAAAAAAGUU